GAGCUUUGUGAAAUAGAAAUCUACAUGUUUUCGAUAGCAGUCGGCAGUAUUAGAUCUAGAGCUAGUAUUCAAUGUUUUGUUGUAUAAUUUAGAUCUAAUUAUUAGGCCUCUUAUCCUAAAUAUUUGACUGAUAUUAGAUCUAGGCCUAUUAAUAAUAUUGGGGUACAACUAUAAUGUCUGAAUCAAAACGCAAGAAAAGCCCAUAUGAGCAAGGAGAGUUAAAAUCAAGCCCAGAGAGACAUGUAAAAAAGAAGAAGAGUAAAAAAAGUAAAAAAUCCCACCAACUACCGCCAGAGGCCAGACCCCAUGUUGGAACCGCAGAUGAAGAUGAUGAUGUCCAGAUUAUAUCUAAAGAAAAUAAAACUGUCAAAAAGAUCAAAAACUCUGUUGUAAGUGAGGCUAUUGACCAUGGAGAAGAAGAAGGAGGAAGCCUAACUAUCAAGCCACCCCAGCUACAAGCUCAGAAGCAUAGAGAUAAGAGCCACAAACACAAGAGAGAUAAACAUAGAGUUCAUGAAAACAGUUCAUCUAAGGACAGGUCUAGACUUGAUAAACAUGAAAUGCAAAGAGAGAAGAUGAAAGACGUGCCCAGAGACUUCAGAGACGCCAGGGAGAUUGUCAUGGUGAGGAUGAAAGAGAGGGAGAUGAAGGAGAAGGAGGUGGCUAGAGAGAUGAAAGAAAGGGAGGCUCGCAAAAGGGAGGAAUCUAUAAGAGAAAGGGAACGCCUUGAGAGAAUGGAGCUGGAGAAACGAAGGGGAGAGAAAAGGAAAUUAUCUCGUCACCCAGGUCAUAAAGAGUUAUCCCAGCCAGUGAGAACAGUUGAGAUGGAGGGGGGAAGAAGAGAACGAGAGAAAACAAGAAGGGAUGACAGACAAAUAAUGGAAGAGACACAUCGUAGUCGAAGCAGAGAUCAGGAGAAGUUAACCCAUGAUAAGGGGCGCUACUUUCCACCACCACCUAGACUUCAAGAAGAUAAAACUUCAAGGAGGGACAGUGGUAAAAAUUCAUUGUCAACCUCAUCAUCCAAGACCUCUUUAAAAGCUGAAGAAGACAAACACACAGACAGUGAACAAGACACAAGGAUGGUGGUUGUAGAAAAUGAAAAAAGUUCCAGAUCAAAAGAAAAAGAAAGGCCAGAGGAGGCUGAAAAUGAACAGGGAGGUGAUGAUAUAGAUCCGCUGGUAGGAAUGGAGGUAGACGCUGAUGAUGAAGAAGAUGAGGAGGAGGACAGUGAAGAGUCUGACUCUGAUUCAGAUGACUCUAGUUCAGCAGACAGCAGCAGUGAGGAGGAGAGCAGUGAAGAAGGGGAGGAAAGCAAAGAAGACCUGGACACAAGUCGAGACAAAUCUGCUGACACUUCGAAAGAGAAUGAGCAUGAGGAAGAGGAAGAUGAUGAGGAAAAAUUACACUCAAAAGUCAGGUCCAAAUUUGAUGACCACUCUGAUGUUGAAAGCCCUGAGCCAAGAUCUGAUGGCAUCAACUCAAACAACUAUGUGCCUGACUCACCUGAGAUGUCUGAUGUUGAGGAGAGACCUGAGGACUCGUUACCUCUGUAUUUACCUGCCAUACAGGGCUGUCGGAGUGUUGAAGAGUUCAACUGUUUAAAUCGUAUUGAGGAGGGAACAUAUGGAGUUGUGUACAGAGCAUUAGAUAAAAAAACAGAUGAGAUUGUGGCUUUAAAGAGGCUCAAGAUGGAGAAGGAAAAAGAAGGGUUCCCUAUCACGUCAUUACGAGAAAUCAACACACUUUUAAAAGCUCAACAUGAAAAUAUUGUAACUGUUAGGGAGAUUGUUGUGGGCAGCAACAUGGACAAGAUUUACAUUGUGAUGGACUUUGUGGAGCAUGAUCUCAAAAGUUUAAUGGAAAAUAUGAAGAAUCCAUUCCUCGUUGGGGAAGUCAAAACUCUUUUAAAACAAUUGUUAAGGGCUGUGAGGCAUCUACAUGACAACUGGAUCUUACAUCGAGAUCUCAAAACUUCAAACUUACUCUUAAGCCACAAAGGAAUCCUAAAGGUGGGAGACUUUGGUCUGGCUAGAGAGUAUGGGUCUCCACUGAAGCCAUACACACCCAUUGUUGUGACACUGUGGUACAGAGCCCCAGAGCUUUUGUUAGGUUGUAAGGAGUACACAACCCACAUAGAUAUGUGGUCAGUGGGAUGUAUAUUUGCUGAGUUCUUGCUGAUGAAAGCCUUGUGGCCUGGCAAGUCGGAGAUAGAUCAGAUCAAUAAAAUCUUUAAGGAUUUGGGUACACCCACUGAGAAAAUCUGGCCUGGAGUAACAGAGUUGCCAGGAAUGAAAAAGGUCCAGUUUAAUGAAAACCCAUACAAUGCUGUCAGAAAUAGAUUUGGUUCUUAUUUAACAGAUCAUGGCUUUAAUCUGCUUAACAGGUUUUUCGCAUACGACCCAGAAAAGCGUAUUACAGCAGAAGAAGCCCUGGAGCAUGAGUACUUCCGUGAGUCCCCUCUCCCUGUUGACCCCUCCAUGUUCCCCACCUGGCCGGCCAGAAGUGAGCAGACCAGAAAACACGCCAACUCACCCAAGCCUCCCUCUGGAGGGAAGGCUUAUCAAAAGUUAAUGGAUGAUGAAGAAAAUUUUGCUGCCGGAGGAUUCCAUAUGCCAUCAGCUGCCAAAGGGGCAUCUGCCCAGGGCAUGGGAUUUUCAUUAAAAUUCUAAAAUGUUUUUUUGUAUCUCUUGUUAAUUAACAUGAAUAAAAUUGAUAUUUUACAGA